GUUCGCCGCCCCGCGGAGCUGGGGGCGCGGGAAGAGCCCGGCGGGCACCGAGGACCGCUGGGUGUUCGGAGCCCAUGCGGGCGCUCAGCACGGCGGAGCGCCGAGCCCGGGAUGAGGGCGCCCGCACUGCUGAGUUGUUGCUGCUGCUGCUGCUGGCUGCUGCUGCCGGUGAACAGCAUCCAUCCAGAAUGUCGAUUUCAUCUGGAAAUACAGGAGGAAGAAACAAAAUGUGCAGAGCUUCUAAGCACUCAAACCGAAAACCACAGAGCCUGCGGUGGCAUCUGGGACAACAUCACAUGCUGGCGCCCCGCAGAUGUGGGGGAAACAGUCACCGUGCCCUGCCCCAAAGUGUUCAGCAACUUCUACAGCAAGCCAGGAAACAUAAGCAAAAACUGCACAAGUGACGGAUGGUCAGAGACGUUUCCAGAUUUCAUAGAUGCGUGUGGCUACAAUGACCCAGAGGAUGAGAGUAAGAUCACCUUCUAUAUUCUGGUAAAGGCCAUUUACACCCUGGGCUAUAGUCUCUCUCUGAUGUCUCUUGCAACCGGAAGUUUAAUUCUCUGCCUCUUCAGGAAGCUGCACUGUACUCGAAACUACAUCCACCUGAACCUGUUCCUCUCCUUCAUCCUGAGAGCCGUCUCAGUGCUGGUGAAGGACAACAUCCUCUACUCCAGCUCUGGCACACUGCACUGUCCUGACCAGCCAUCCUCCUGGGUCGGCUGCAAACUCAGCCUAGUGUUCUUCCAGUACUGCAUCAUGGCAAACUUUUACUGGCUCCUGGUGGAGGGACUCUACCUGCACACCCUCCUGGUGGCCAUCCUCCCCCCCAGCAGAUGCUUCCUGGCCUACCUCCUCAUUGGAUGGGGCAUCCCCACUAUCUGUAUAGGUGCGUGGACAGCCACCAGGCUCGCUCUGGAAGACACUGGUUGCUGGGACACAAAUGAGCACAGCAUACCAUGGUGGGUCAUCCGCAUGCCCAUCUUGAUUUCUAUUAUAGUCAACUUCUUCCUCUUCAUCAGCAUUAUACGGAUUUUACUGCAGAAGCUAACAUCCCCCGAAGUGGGCGGCAAUGACCAGUCCCAGUACAAGAGGCUCGCCAAGUCCACGCUGCUGUUAGUCCCGCUGUUUGGCAUCCACUACAUGGUGUUUGCUGCUUUUCCCAUCGGCAUCUCCUCCACAUACCAGAUUCUAUUUGAGCUGUGUGUUGGCUCGUUCCAGGGCCUGGUCGUGGCGGUGCUCUACUGCUUCCUCAACAGCGAAGUUCAGUGUGAGCUGAAAAGAAGGUGGAGAGGCCUGUGUCCCACCCAGCCUGGAAGCCGAGAUUACCGUCUGCACAGCUGGUCCAUGUCCCGGAAUGGCUCAGAGAGCGCCUUGCAGCUACCCCGAGGUUCCCGUGCCCAGUCCUUCCUGCAGACAGAGACCUCGGUCAUCUAGCCUCCUCCUUUGCCUCAGACCAAAACACAGUGUGCGACACAGACGUGUGCAGCCUUUCUCCCAUUCCAAGGUUGUGUGCUCUGUUGACUCAAUAAGAGCCUUGAUCUGUCAGACCCUUAACCUAAGCCCCCACCAGCAUCCUGAUCCCAAGUGAACAGGCCAGGUUGUAAUCCCUUGAUCUAAAUGCUAAUUAUUUUUAAGCUCCAGGAUUUAGAUCAUCUUGCUCAUGAUGUUGCACAGCUGUGUAGACAGAUCCACAAAAGAGAAUAGGGAAGAGAAUAUCAAAACCAUUCACUAUGGCCUGGUUCCACAAAAGAGGACAGGAAGGAGAAUAUCAAAACCAUUCAUGAUGGCCUGGAACUAUGGCCUGGUUCCACAAAAGAGGACAGGAAAGAGAAUAUCAAAACCACUCACUAUGGCCAGAUGCUUCUGAAGAGAAUAAGAGGGUUUCUGACUUCUCUGCUACCUCCUGGCACUGCAAGCCAGGCCAGAGCUGGCUGGGGCAGGACCACCUCACGCCAUGCAAUCCAUGCCAACAGCUCUACCCUUCCAUGCACCACAGGACACACAGAGGCCAUGUUAGAACUUCUAUGAAAUUACUCUGAAGCCAAGCCAGACCAGGGAGGCUGUCAAGAAGCUCUCAUGAUAUUUUCCUGGUCCCACAGCCACAAGCAGCCUUCCCCUCAGGCCUCUGCCCUGUUAUUCACCCCUGAUCUCUCAGUCGUGACAAGAUGGACCCAUCACUGAACUGUGUGGUUCAGUGGUCCCCAGCCAAGAAGCAGCCUCCUCCUCCUUGGGGAAACUCCAUUCCUGUCCCUAUCUGUGGGUGGCUGGAGUCAGAGCAGCAACCUGGGGCAACCCUCAGGAGGCAGGCCCAGGUUGUCUGGCAGGCUGCAGGGCCCUGGGCCCAGCUAUGUAGGCUGUUUAAAUGGGGAGUUCUUUUAUCACAAUAUGGAGUGACAUGAAACACUUCUAUAACAUAUUUGCAAAUAGCCACUGGCACUUUUUUUUUUAACUUUGGCUAUUUGAAGAUGUGGAGAGACAGAUCUAGGGGAAAUAGUUGAUGUGGCUAUAGAUGCUGCUGAGGUAGGGAGGACGGCCCUGUAGCACUGAGACCCUGCAGACUGCACCCCAGCCAGUGCAAGGGCUGCAGCUUCAGGACUCAGGAUUCUGAGCACAUUUUACACUACUCUCCCACAAGAGUGAAGGCCAUAAACCAUUUAUUGUUACGGUUUUUGUGAUCUUGUAGACUCUAGCCAGCAUGGAUGCUAAAAACCUCAACCAUCAUGCCUGAGGUAGAGAUUGGCAAGGCCAGGAGGCAGCAGUGGCACCCACCACCAACAUUCCAAAAAUAAGCGGGGCCUUAGGACAGCAGAGUAUCCAGCAACCAGAGACUAGCCCAGGUGUAGUGGCUGAGCUCCCGCCUUCCCUCCACACUGCCCUGUCCAACAGCAGCAUUGCUGGACUUUUGCCCAAUCAACUCUGGAUAAGCUCCCCAUUUGUUCAGAGUCAUGGUGAGUAGACUCCAAAGGAUCCAGAGAAUGGCUGCUUCACCACCUCCCAGGGCCACAAGGCCCCAGGACAGGACCAGGGAGCACGAGGGGGGAAACAGAGGGCACUGGAGAUACUGGAGUUGGCCCUGCUCCAUGUCACCCACCUCUAGCCCUGCCCUGCUUGCUCUAGUAGUUUUGAGGAAAUGAAGCUUUGCUAUAUCUGAAAGUGUGCAGUAGCACCCAACAGCAGAUGCCAUGCCAUGACCCUGAGUGGACAGUGAAGAGCUGUGAGCACAGAUGCCCAGCCAUCCCCAGACCAUCGCUGCUCAUGUGCAGACAACAUGAGGAUGGGAAAAUGGUCACUUCUGCCUACAAGUGCUAGACCUAAAGAGAGAAGCUGGGCCUUUUUCCUGACAAAGGGAAAGCAGAAGGUUAUAAGCUGAAUAUUGAUAGAACUGGACUGACCAGUAGUAGUCAUGGUGACCAAAGGAUCAAUGUGUAUUCUUACUGUUAUGUGUGUGGAUGUCCACAAACUCCACCCCAUGGUAGGAACAAGCUAUGUGCAUAUUUCAAUAAACCCUGAUUCAUAUCUGCAUGAGUUCACUGUGAGCAGUGCUCAGGCCCACUGCACAUGCUUGUCAGCCAGGAGAAAGGCCAUGGACAUAGUGGGGCUCUGUAGCCACAAACACCUUAGAAGAUGAAAACUCCAGACCUCUCCAAAAUAACUACCUACUCUGCCUGCACUUAUGGGAGAAAGGGGGUCUGAGGUGGCCAAGAAGUGUUAGUACAACCCAAGGUAAAGGCCAGCACUCCUGGUCUCAGCAGCCUUCCCUCAGCCCCCCACUCAGGCUGGGCCUGAGUGCAUGUGUGCAUGCAGGUAUGCAUUUCAGCGUGCCUGCAUGGGAGUUGUGCUUCAGUAUGAGUAUGUGCAUUGAGUUUACAGACAGUGGUAUACCUGCAUAUGUGUGUGUGUGUGUGUGUGUGUGUGUGUGUGUGUGAGCCCAUUGUUGUACCUGCUGGGGUUUGUACAUGAGUGUGUGUGUAUCUGCCCAUGUGGUAUGCACCCAUGAGUGUGCUUAAGUGUGGGUUUGUACAUGCCUAUGUGUUCUGCCUCUAACCACAUUUAUAUCAUAAAUCCUAUUCUAUUCCAAGCUGGUUCACAGUUGGUGAGCAAAUGCUAAAAAUCAAAUUCUCAAGAGGAAGGACUUGGAAAUGAGACACAGACUGGUCUUGGGAUUUCCUCAGAGCUAAGAAGGCCAGAACAGAGGAGAGGGCUGCACAUAGUUGAAUUUGCCCCGACAGGUGCAGGGGGGCGCCUUGCUCCAGCUGAGACAGACAGGGCAGCCAAGAGCACUCCGGGGAACACCUCACCCCUGAGAACAGCAGUGUGGUCCUUUCUCAUCAAAGCCAGCAGUGUUUUCACGUUUUUCAGAUUAUACAAAUUAGUUUAAAACUUCAGAUUUAUAGGCAGGUGCUACAUAGGAAAUGGAGUGCUCUGAGUCCUUCCUGU